AUGGCAUCCGCCCUGCCCGUGACGGGCCAUCUGCUGCGAUCACUCAUCUUGGAUUAUCUAACGCACAAUGCCUACGCCGACACCGCGCGGGCCUUCUCAGACGAAAGCCGUGUCCGCCACCUCGACGCUGAUGGCGACGACGUCACACCAACUGCAGACGAAGCCGACAGCGGUAAGGUAUCCGAAGACCUCCUCGCCCAAGCACAACUUCGUCGAGAAGUCCGAACAUGCAUAUUAACUGGAAGGGUGGAUGACGCUAUAGCCCUACUCAACGCGAACUUCCCUGCUGUACUAGACCGUAACUCACCCGACCAGCCGCCACCAGUCGAGAGUCCGCCCGGCAAGCCACCACCGCCCAUCCGAACACUCGUGCCUUACACUGUCGACCCCACACGAUUAUAUCUUGAAUUACGCAUUCUCGCUUUCAUUGAAGCUUCACGCACCGUACCUCUUGAGCCUGCGACACCUACCAUCGCACCCACGCCAACACCUGAAGCUGAAUCGGUCCCGAACGCGUUACCCACAUCCACACCUGCGAAUGGCAAGAACGCUGACGCGCACCUCAUGGCGCUCUUGAACCACGUCUACGAGAUCGGAAAGCUUGUGAAAGAACUUCCCGAUCCAGACGACCGCCGUGACUAUGAAGAAGAGCUGGGACGCGUGAGUCUACUACUGGCGCACAAGGUCCCAGAGGCGAGCCCCGUCGCGCGGUAUCUGAAGCAGGAGCGCCGGGAGGACGUUGCAAAGCAGAUCGACUGCGCAAUGCUCUACCGUGCCGGCCUCUCUCCAGUAUCAAAGUUGGAACUGUGUGCUCGCCAGACUUGUGGUGUGUGGGGAUAUAUGUCCGAGCACAGUUAUCAGCUCCCGGCUACUGCGAAGAUACCUGAAGGCCUACGCCUCCCGAUUGCUCGCCGCACGAGGGACAUUGACGACAACGAGCCCGUCGCUCCCUUCCGCAUCUCGCAAUUCUUUCCCUCACUUUCCGCAUAG